CACGGUAGGGUAUUUCCCCGAUUUAGCUGAGGUGCUCGCGAGCAGCUGCCACCUGCAAAGGCACUCGCGCCGCCCCGCGGCAGCCGGGCCAGCUCGACGCCCCGGCUCCUCCCCGGUACGGUGAGUGUAUGUGAGGUGUUCUGCUUAGCGAAAUAGGACGGAAGGUCGGAAUCAGUCUGUUUGACUGUCUUCAUAUAUGCACUGGUGAGGAGAGAUAGAUACAGACAAUGUUAUUUUAUCCGCAGCAGGUAGAUCUAGGAUAUUGCUGACAUCCUGACUGGAUCUUCAAAUUGGCCACACUAGAUGAAUGUGCUGGUAGUGCAGCAUGCAUGGAGACCUGCAAGACUCCACAUUCCUUGGCACAGUAGAGAUCUAAUAGCACAGUUAAGGAGUUUCAGAAGUAAGAGCAUUAUGGCCAGUCUGAGAUGGGCGUUUAAGUGUAGUUCCUGGCAGCCUGAUCAAUCCCAAUGGUUGCUAGCAUCAUCCAGUAUCCAACCAGAGGAAAAACAUAGAAUCGGUCAGUUUGUCUUCACAAAAGAUGCCAAGUCUUCUAUGGCAGGGAGGCUGUUGGCACGCAAGGCAAUCCAUGAAAGUUUGAAGAUAUCCUGGACAGAUAUCAACCUAGUCAGGACAGAUAGAGGCAAGCCUUACCUCAAGAACAUGGAUGAUAUCGACAAGACAACAUAUCCAAACUUCAACUUUAAUGCAUCUCAUCACGGCGACUUUGCUGUCUUGGCUACGGAGCCUGCCCUCACGUGUGGGGUGGAUGUCAUGAAAGUUGUCCGCCCAAAUCAGAAAAUGGAGGACUUUUUUCGAAACAUGAAGAAGCAAUUUACCCCUCACGAAUGGAACACCAUCAUGUCUGCAGAGACUCAAUAUCAACAACUUCAUAGGUUUUAUAGAUACUGGUGUCUCAAGGAGAGCUACAUCAAAGCUCUUGGUAUUGGCCUUGGCUUUGACCUCCAGCGAGCUGAGUUCAGACUGAAUACCCUGGAGCUAUCUACCUCAUCCGUUGCCAUAGAUACAGAACUCUACCUCCGAGACAGGCAGGAUAAGAACUGGGUCUUUCAGGAGAUGCUCCUAGAUGAGGAUCACUAUGUAGCAGUAGCACUACAGCUUGGCCCAGAUAGGAGUUCACCUUGCUGCCCAUCCUUCACCAUACUUACACCAGAGCAGCUUCUCUCCUCAACACACCCCAUGCAUCCUGAAGACAUGGAUUACUGGACAUCUUUUGCUUCCAAACAAGAGGCACCUAACCUACCAAACAGGAAGCCAUUAGAGAAAGACUAGUUGUUUGCUGUCCGUUCUUGAAGCAGAACAGCUUCAUCCUCGGCAGUCGACACAUGCCAUGCAUCUUGAAGAUAUCCUGAAAAUUCCUCGGCUUCAUUUUCUUCCAAACGAUAGAAAACAUUAAGAGAAAGGCCUGCUCUCUUUGCAAACUACUCAACUUCCUUGCCUCGAAACAAAGUAUCCAUCAAAGACAUUGAUGAUUGGACUUCCUUGAAGUCAAGGGGAUACUCUUGCAGACAUGAUGAUAUUUCUGUUUGAUGACAUUUUUAUGUGUUAUCUUUAAAAAAGGGCUCAAAUCCAUAAAUUGUAAAGUUAAUUACGAGCUAUUUGAAAAAUAUUUUUUUGGGGACAAAAAUUGUUUCCUAUUUUGUUCAUAUUUAUUUUUUACUAGGGGAGGACUCCCCUUUAUUUUUUUGUAAUAUUGAGAGCAGUUGUAAAAGCCGGAAUACUAAUGGGAGUUAAGGUAUGUGUGUUACAUGUAGACAUUGAUGAUGUGUCCAGGGCUGAUUUUAUUCAGUAUAUACAUGUAGGUCAUUUCAUGAGGUUGGGGCAAAACAUAUGAUGAUAUCCAUGUGACAUUGGUAUGAGAUCUUCUGCUACUCGUGGAAGAUGAAAUCAUCUGCUGAAGAUUUUAAUGCAAUUAAUUUAUAUAGUAGUGCAUUGCCAGAA